GCCGGAACCUCCGAUCCUUUUAAAGGCAUUGAAUAGCCACUGUUGGCCUAAAACGAGCUCCUUAUUUUCCAACCUAUAAAUAUCAUACAGUAGUACAUAACGCAGGCACAAAAAACUACACAUACGGCUUUUCCGUUUCUUUUUGGCAGCAUUGCAACAACAAAGGGACUUAAUGCUCCUGCCCAAUGCAUGGCAGAGUCAUCUAGCAUGGCUAUGUUUCUUAUUCCUCAUUAUUGCAACUCCCGGUCGAGCUCAGGACAGUAAUGUGCAACAAUGCAAUCCACCAGCCGAGUCCAUUCCCAACAACUAUUCUGACUUCUCCGCAAUCCUCAUUCAACAGCGAAUAUACUUGACGGGAGGCAAUAUGGAUGAAUCCACUAUAUGGACUCUGGAUUUAUCCCAGGGCUUGGACAUCCAAUGUCCGGCCUGGGACCCACAAGAGACAAGCUCAGAGGUUGCUACCGAACCGUAUGCUGACGGAAUAGCAUUUGCUGGCCUUGAAGGCCAAAUAUAUGUCCAAGCUGGUGAUGGAGGCACAGCGGAUAUGGACAACAUGGUAUUUUACAAUACUUCAUCCAAUACCUGGAGCAACGCCCGUACGUAAGCGUAAACACAAUGAAUGUGUUUGUUGUGAUAUCCAAAACAAGCAUCUGUUUUCCUCCUUCUCCGCACCCUCUCUGACAUG